AAGCAGGAGAGAGGAAGGCGGACAGAGAGGGAGAGGACACCGGGUACGGGCUGUGUGCUACGGCCGAGCCACACGACGAGAACCGGGGGGAGGAGGCGGCGGUGCACCGCGCUACAGUGCGCCCCGGUGCACCUGAGCUCACGUGAAGGGGGCGCACGUUACGUGCUUACAUCAUGUCCUCGCGACACAUCAACACGCAGCUGCGUUGCUUCGGAUGAGCUAACGGAGCAACUCGAUCAGUGUCAACACAACUCUGCAGAGCAACUUUCUGUGGCAACAUAGCGACUCAAACUGUCUCUGCUGCGGCCGCCAGGAUGAAUGAAGAAGAGCUGGUGGAGUACUUCAGGGCUCAGAUGAGGAAAGACCCGGGCAUGGCGUCAGCUGUGGCGGCGAUCCGCACCCUGCUGGAGUUCCUCAAGAGAGACAAAGGUGAAACCCUCCUGGGCCUGAGAGAGAGCCUGAAGUGGGCCACGGACUGCCUGACGGGAGAGGACUCGUCUGUGGCCGUGUCCUCCGGAGGAGAGCUGUUCCUGCGCUUCAUCAGCCUCACCUCGCUGGAGCACCAGGAUCUGUCUCGCUGUAAGAAGGUGAUGGAGGAGAGAGGAGAACUUUUUCUAGAGAAGAUCUCGAUGUCCAGGGCCAAGGUUGCGAAGCUCUGUCACACCUUCAUCAAAGACGGUGCUAAAAUCCUGACUCACUCGUACUCCAGAGUCGUCCUCAGGGUGUUGGAAAAAGCUGCAGCUGAGAAGAAACGCUUCUCUGUCUAUGUGACCGAAUCGCAGCCUGACUCAGCCGGGCGACAGAUGGCAGAAGCCCUGAGGAAGCUCAACGUUCCAGUAACAGUAGUCCUGGAUGCAGCUGUGGGGUACGUCCUGGAGAAGGUCGACCUAGUUAUCGUCGGUGCAGAGGGAGUCGUGGAGAGCGGAGGAAUCAUCAACAAGAUCGGCACUUAUCAGAUGGCCGUGUGUUCUAAAGCUCACAACAAGCCUUUCUACGUCGUGGCGGAGAGUUUCAAAUUCGUCCGUCUGUAUCCGCUCAACCAGCAGGACGUGCCCGAUAAAUUUAAGUACAAAGCAGAUACCCUGAAGAGCGUACAGAACCUGUCAGACGAGCAUCCGAUGAUCGACUACACGCCUCCCUCCCUCAUCACCCUCCUCUUCACCGACCUCGGAGUCCUCACGCCGUCUGCCGUCAGCGACGAACUCAUCAAGCUUUAUUUAUAACUCAAUAAAACUCCAUUAUUAAAAAGGUAAA